CUGCCGGGGGCCAACCGUAGGAAAUUCUCCAAUUGAGGUUAAAGGCUUUAUUCCGCGGAAGCGCUUCGCAGGCACCUGAAGAUCAAGUGACUCUCCAGAUCUUGGUGUUUUGACAGCGGCGGAGGGAGCUGGGUCGGUGGCCUCCCCCGGCUGAAGUUUAGGUCGCUGUUAUCUUUCACUGGAAUUUGGGAUUGGAGGUCGUUCCUGUUCCUCGCCGGAGGGUCGCUGGUUCAAUCCCAGUAACGAUCAGAGGAGUAUUUUCUGAGGACCGUUCGUGCAAACCUUGCAGCUCUGCAACCCUCUGUGUAGUACAGGGAACGAGCCCUUUGGGCUGCGCCACCCACAGACGCGUCCAAAAGCCGGUGCUGCGGAGAUGGACUCCGUGACCUUCACAGACGUGGCCGUGAAUUUCACCAGGGAGGAGUGGACCCUGCUGGACUCUGCGCAGAGAAUUCUCUACAGAGACGUGAUGUUGGAAAACUGCAGGAACCUGGCCUCGGUGGAUUUGCUGACUCAGCAUAAAACCAGAAACUCAACCCCUCAGCAGGACACUCUUGCCAAAAAGACACCUGAUGUGUCUGAUGAAGCAAACAGAGUGUGUGCCGUGAGCCACAGUUCCCGGCCCUCCCCAUGGGGAGAAGACUGGAAAAAAUGCCACAAAACAGAUGAGCCACCCAAGCAAAGGGAGCAGAAGUUGAAGCGAGUUGCCGCUGUGCCCAAGAAGGACGAGUCUCCGGUUAUAAUCUGUGAGUAUCACGAAACGAGGGACAACUCUCCACCUAGCUCACGGAGAGAUUCCACAAGAAACUGUAUCCAAAAAUGUGGCUCAAAUACUGUGAAACAAAAGCCUGUCCUAACCAGUCAUCAAAAGAUCUAUAGAAACAACAAAAAUGAUAGAGUCUUAUGGCAGAGCACCAAGCUGACCCCAUUCGUAGGAAGUGAGGCAGAGCCAGAGUCCAAAAUAGGGACUGACCAUCAGAACAGUGGGCUUCACACGCAUAAUCGUAUCUGCAUGGGGGUGCACAUUCACGAAUGGGAUCCAUUUGGAAAAGCCUUUGCUGAAGACAUUUCCCUUAGGGUGUACAAGCCUCCCAUUAAAGAGAAGACUUCCGCGUCUAAUCCGUGUGCCAUCACCUUCCAAAAUAGCUCGACCCAUGACGUGCAGAGGCAAUCCUGUACGGCAGAGGCAAAUCAUGAGAAGAAUCAAGGUGAGAAAACCUUUGCCCACAUGGCAAAUUCUGACUCACACAGGAAGACUAAGACGAGAGGGGGGAAAUAUAAAUGUCAAGACUGUAGGAAAAGUUACGUGUAUCUGUCAUUCCUUAUGAGACAUAUGGAAAUUCACACCGGAGAGAAACCCUAUGAAUGCAAGACCUGUGGGAAAGCCUUUAGAUAUUCCUUACACCUUCAUAAACAUUUAAAAAAGCACAUUAUGAAGAAGCCCUAUAAAUGUGAGGAAUGUGGGAAAGCCUUCACCAAGUCUUCCAGAUUUAAAAACCAUCUAAAAACUCACAGUUGAAGGACGCCUGGCCACCUCAGUUGGAGGAGCGUGCAACUCUUGAUCUCAGGGUUGUGAGUCUGAGUGUCACGUCGGGUGUAGAGAUUGCUUAAAUAAAUAAAACAAUCUUUUUUUUUAUUAUUUAUUUGAGAGA